ACCUCUGAUGAGCUGAUGUAUUACGUACCCACACUGCAUAAAAAACAAGAUCGCAGACUUCCAACGCCGCAGCUAGUACCAUUUUUCAUCGUCACAGCAAUCGCUAUUCUGGUUUGGAAAUUUGUUACCAAUUAACGUUUGAAACUGUAACUUAAAUGAUGCUGUGGACAACAAUAAUGUCUCGUCUUUUGCCACUGUGUGUGUUCUGAAGCUGUCCUUGUCGGUUUUUGAAGCUGUAAGGUUAACCCGCUUGCUCUUCUGUUUGCCCAGUCCACCGUCACAUUGGCAUCUUGGUCAUCAGAGGCAGGGACCCUUGGCACCCGGGUUCAAACGGUGGAAGAUUUCUCACGUAUCUACACCACCCGUCUUGGUCACAUGCUUGUGCCCACUCCGGUUCACCCAGACACAAUCAGACCCACGGUAUCAAGUUAUUCUGGCUCGAUUAAAAUUAAGUAAAAAAAUAUACGACCUGUUUGCAGACUGGCUAGGGGAAGGGCUACCCAUGACCAGUAACGUCAACUAAGAGACAUCGCCGACUUCGUAAUUAACGGGUAGGAUGGACCACCUGGCAGUGGCCGGUAAACCUUUCAAAGUUGGGCGUGAGCUGGGUCUUUGUAACUUUUAUAUCAUCCACUGCAUUUCUUGCUCUCACCAUUCAAACCGUCAGCUUGAAAGCAGUCGACCGUUGACCACCCCCGUGACGUCUUGGACACUGUACUCCUGGCUCUUGAUGCUGAUGGCAGUGGCUUAGCGAAUCAGAAGAUCAAAGAUGAUGAAGUCAACACCGUCCUCCUUGGUGGACGCAACACGACAUCUUGUACCCCGACGUGGAUAUAUAGUACGCGUUAGCCAUGUAUUCCAAGCAUCAGGCCAAAGUGAGGGAGGAUGAUGCGUUGCUUCAAUUCGCAACGAGGACUUUGAUCGGAUCACCAGCAAGGAUUAAAUCAGCCUGUAGUACACGUCCCUGGUCACCAAGGAAGUCGUGAGAGUAUACACUCCAGUCUUUCCACCGACACACACACUCACUACCCCAUACCACGUAAACAGGGUCACCGUCCGCCUGGCAUCACUAGCUACUCUAGCUGUCAAUCUUACCAACUUCACCACAACCCGACCGUGUGGGGGUGUGAUCACAUCAUGGAGUUUAAACCGUCUCGGUUACUGCUGCAUAACUUCGCUAAGUUGGACCCCUUUGCCUACCUGCCUUUCUCUUUCGGACCGAGAAAUUGCAUUGGGGCAACAGUUUGCUUAGAACCAAGUGAGGACGGUGGUUGCCAAAUUUCUGAGACGGUUUCAUGAGUUUAGUGGAGGGGGAACCUGAGCCGAUUCCUUGCGUGAAAGUAGUGGUGAAACACCAACACGAACUGCUAUUGAGUGUGCAGCUGAGAAAUUUCGACAAUCUGUAGAUCUCCGACCGGUACAAAUAUUAGGAUACAAACAACGGACUCGGUUCCUCCAAGGCAUAUUUUUUUAAAAGAUGAGUAGGCCUAUCGCUCCAGAUUGGAUUUUUAAAAAUAAGUAUCCAGAUUCAUAUGAUUGAAAUACAAUUUCAAAGAAGUACGGUGGCCGAAUUAAAGAAUAAAAUUGAAGUAAGUAUGAUUUAGUUGGUUAAUGUAACACAGACGGAAAGUUGAUAGACCAGAAAAUUAACAUUGUAUCAACAGGUUACAUGUUUUGUAUUGAACUGACGGAUGCUUCCUAUUGCAAAUGUCUAAGUGGAUUUUUUUUAACAAUGUUUUGUGUCUGUAAAGCUACUAAUACCAAACAUUGUAAAAAAAAAAAAGGUAUAUAUGUUUUUACUUAUCAUUGAACUUUAACCUCGCCGGUAAUAACUCUCAGCUUGAUCAAAGACCUGCUCUCGCAAAUGCGAAGCAGAUAAUGAGAUGCCCGCAUUUUGACGAGUACAAGAUAACAGUUACAUCAUCUGACCAUGACUGACUCUCACUCUUAUGAGGUUUGCAAAAACAGCAGAACCAUUACCCACAGAAGGCACUUGUCUGUUCCUGAUAUAUUGGAAACUUUCAAUCGUCUGACCAAUUCUACAUUUCAAUCACAAGAUGUCGGCUCUCAAACACAUCGAGAAGAUGUUGGUUACGAGGCCAAUUCGUCCAGCAGCUUCAUGUAGGUUGUUCUGCUUCCCCUGGGCAGGUGGUGGCACAGGCUUUUUCGCAAAAUGGGGGGCACAACUGCCGGCAACUUUAGAAGUUUGUGUUGUCCGCCUUCCUUGUCGGGAACUGCGCAUGAGUGAUGCUCCUUAUCCUGAUUGGCCAACCAUGGUUGAUGACAUCAUUGAUACUUUACUUCCGAAGAUACAAGAAAUGCCGUUUGGGAUUUACGGACACAGUUUUGGUGCCCUCCUCGCCUUCGAGGUUGCACGCCAUCUCAAAGAUCGUCAUGGUUUGAGACCGAAACACAUGUUUUUGUCUGGGACAUUUGCACCACACGGUGACCAAAGAAGGCGCGAUCGUGCUGAAUUUGUGAAGAUGGCAGACGCCACAGAUGAAGACUUUGUUGCGAGCCUGAAACGAAAUGGCGGAACGCCCAAGGAACUGCUCGAAAACGAAGCUCUGAUAAAGCUCUUCCUACCGAGUAUGAAACACGACUUCCGAUUGGUUGGACAGUAUAGGUUCGAAGGGCGUGUCUCAGUGCUGGAUUGUCCAAUCACAUUCUUCGAUGGCACACACGACAAAAAACACGACAUCACUUUUAAAGAUCACAAACAUGGAAAGAUAUCCCUUAAAUACGACUCCCGCCAACAUCAACCUGCCAAAUUAUGUAAUAAUUUACUGCAUAAAAUAUUCUCAAUACAUGUAUGUGCUCCUUUUCAUUUCCAUUUUGUAGUUUGGCGGGAAAUGACGUCGUCAGAUUUCGACAUUCAGCUUCUUCCGGGUGGCCACUUUUUCCUUCUCGACAAAAGCAACGAGACAAAAAUAACGGACCAUAUCAAAUCUAAACUUCGCUAGCUUUAAGGUCAAUAGAAGUCACACAA